GCCAUGGCCCAAGCUGACAUUGCUUUGAUCGGACUGGCCGUGAUGGGGCAAAACCUCAUUCUGAACAUGAACGACCACGGCUUUGUGGUUUGUGCUUUUAACAGGACAGUUUCCAAAGUGGAUGACUUCCUGGCCAAAGAGGCCAAGGGAACCAAAGUGAUUGGUGCUCACAGCCUGGAGGAGAUGGUCUCUAAGCUAAAGAAGCCUCGUCGCAUCAUCUUGCUGGUGAAAGCUGGAAGUGCAGUGGACGACUUCAUCAAUAAACUGGUGCCUUUGUUGGAGACUGGAGAUAUCAUAAUUGAUGGAGGGAAUUCUGAAUACAGAGACACCACAAGGCGCUGUAAAGAACUGAAGGAAAAGGGCAUCUUGUUUGUUGGAAGUGGUGUUAGUGGUGGAGAGGAGGGUGCAAGAUAUGGGCCUUCACUCAUGCCAGGAGGAGCCAAAGAAGCCUGGCCCCACAUCAAGACAAUAUUUCAAAGCAUUGCUGCUAAAGUGGGAAGUGGGGAACCUUGUUGUGACUGGGUAGGAGAUGAGGGGGCUGGUCACUUUGUGAAGAUGGUGCACAAUGGGAUUGAGUAUGGAGACAUGCAGCUGAUCUGUGAGGCUUACCACCUGAUGAAGGACGUGGUGGGCAUGGAUCAUGACGAGAUGUCAAAGGUAUUUCAGGAGUGGAAUAAGACAGAGCUGGACUCUUUCCUGAUUGAAAUCACAGCUAAUAUUCUCAAAUUCAGAGAUGCUGAUGGCAAUUACCUCCUCCCAAAGAUCAAGGACAGUGCAGGCCAAAAAGGCACAGGAAAGUGGACAGCCAUUUCAGCCUUGGAAUAUGGAGUUCCUGUCACACUCAUUGGUGAAGCUGUGUUUGCCCGGUGCCUGUCUUCCCUCAAGGAUGAGAGAACACAGGCCAGUAAGCUGUUGCAUGGACCUAAAAUGACUCAAUUCAGUGGGAACAAAAAGGCCUUUCUGGAGGACAUACGCAAGGCCCUGUAUGCUUCCAAGAUUAUCUCAUAUGCUCAAGGUUUCAUGCUGCUCAGACAAGCAGCCAAAGAGUUUGGAUGGACACUCAAUUAUGGUGGCAUUGCACUGAUGUGGAGGGGAGGCUGCAUCAUUAGAAGCGUGUUCCUGGGAAAAAUCAAAGAUGCUUUUGAUCGAAACCCCGCGCUCCAGAAUUUACUGUUGGAUGAUUUCUUUAAGACAGCUGUUGAAAACUGUCAGGACUCCUGGCGACGGGUAAUCAGUACGGGAGUCCAGAUUGGUAUCCCUAUGCCCUGUUUCACUACAGCACUUUCUUUUUAUGAUGGAUACAGACAUGAGGUUCUACCAGCUAACCUGAUUCAGGCCCAGCGUGAUUAUUUUGGUGCACAUACAUAUGAAUUAUUGUCAAAGCCAGGUGUAUUUAUCCAUACUAACUGGACAGGUCAUGGAGGAAAUGUGUCCUCUUCUGCCUACAAUGUCUAAUGGAAAUAUUUCCAGUUGAAGCCAAGAUACUGUAGAUCUCAGAUAUCCCUCCUAGGACCUCCCCACUUUUUAAUGUACUGUAUUCCAACUUGUGUCUGGGCACUUUUGUAAUAACUUGUGGGUAUAUGUCA